AAUAAUAUUAUUCUCCAGGAACGCCAUAAACGAGAAGUUGGAAAGGGAGGGAAAACCCCUUAUAAACCCUAAUACUUCUCACACAUAAACCCUCUCCCUCUCACCAUUUUUCAAAGCAAUAAAAAGCAUGUGGAAAGCUAAUUGAAGCUUUGAUUAUUUGUGUCUGCGCUGUAAUUUUUCGCGGUUGUUUUGAAGCGGGGGCGAACACCGACUCUGUUACUGUUUGUAAUUUUUCCUUUUUUUUUUUUUUUUUUGGUUGUUUGGAAUCGAAAAUGGCGCGGCUUCUUCGAAACGCUUCUUCUCUGAGAAGUUAUAUGUUUCCUCACUUGCAGGAAUCUAGGAAGGGAUUGUUGGAAACUUCUACGCAGCUAUGCAAUUUUGCCACCAAAGGUAAAAAAAAGUCAAAGUCAGAUGCAAGUGAUUCUGGGGAAGAGGGUAUGUCCAAGAAAGAUUUAGCAUUGAAACUAGCUUUGGAUCAGAUUACUACAUCAUUUGGAAAAGGUUCCAUUAUGUGGCUUGGUCGCUCAGUCUCUCCUAGGCACACUCCAGUGGUUUCUACGGGAUCAUUUGCCCUGGAUGUUGCAUUGGGAAUAGGCGGACUUCCAAAGGGACGCGUUGUUGAAAUAUAUGGUCCAGAAGCUUCUGGAAAAACAACUCUUGCUCUGCAUGUGAUUGCAGAGGCACAAAAACAAGGAGGUUACUGUGUCUUUGUAGAUGCCGAGCAUGCUCUGGAUCCAACUUUAGCUGAGGCCAUUGGAGUGAAAACUGAAAAUUUGCUUCUCUCACAACCCGAUUCUGGCGAGCAAGCUCUCAGUCUGGUGGAUACCCUAAUCAGGAGUGGUUCAGUCGAUGUUGUUGUUGUUGAUAGUGUAGCUGCUCUGGUACCUAAGGGUGAACUAGAUGGUGAAAUGGGAGAUGCGCACAUGGCAAUGCAAGCAAGACUUAUGAGUCAAGCACUUCGCAAAUUGAGCCACUCGUUAUCUCUUUCUCAGACAAUAUUGAUUUUCACAAAUCAGGUGCGUUCCAAACUUUCCACAUUUGGAGGAUUUGGCGGUCCCUCUGAAGUUACUUGUGGCGGGAAUGCCCUGAAAUUUUAUGCUUCAGUACGCCUUAAUAUUAGAAGAAUAGGUCUGGUCAAGAAGGGAGAAGAGACUGUAGGAAGCCAAGUUCUUGUGAAGAUUGUAAAGAACAAGCACGCGCCUCCGUUUAGAACUGCAGAAUUCGAGCUCGAGUUUGGAAAAGGGAUAUCUCGAGAGGCUGAGCUCAUAGACUUGGGUUGCAAACACAAGUUCAUCACAAAAGCCGCCUCGUUUUAUUACAUAGACAAUCGGAAUUUCCAAGGCAAAGAUGCUCUCAAGAAAUACCUAGCUGAAAAUAUAAGCUCAAGAGACGAACUCACGAAGAAGCUGAGGGAGAAACUUAUGGACGCCGAGGGAGAAGAAGGAUCUGUAGAUGGAGAUUCCGUUGAGGAGAUUGUUGCAUCUGAUACGACCGAUGAAGAAGCUGUUACUGCUGCUGAGGCAUAAUAAUAAUACCUCGAUGACGGGUUCUCGAGCAAUUCAGGUCUGUAUAUCUUAAAUUUUGCGAUUCUAGAGAGAGUGGGGGAAUGGAUGUGUGUGUGGUUUUUUUCUUGAAUCAUCGGUUGCUGAUGUCAGCUUUUCGGCUGCAUUUUGUACGUUUGAAGAUCUUACUCUGUAUAUUCAGGAAUCUUGGUCACAGAAGAAAAAAAAAUCAUCAAUGGUUAAGUGGGUUCUCUGUUCUUUAAA